AUGUACGGAAUAAAUUCCCUAAUUAAGAGUGGUAGUCUGGAAGCAGCUUAUCCUCUUCAUUCGGGAACAUACAAGUGGACCGUCAGCGGACCAUUAUCCGAUAGACAGAUUUAUUAUAAAAUAUGCCUCAAGAUAACCAAUUACGAGAUGCCAAGAACUGAAAUGGAGUUUGACAGUUCGUACAUUUAUAAAUGUUACAUAUUGGAUUGCAUUAACCACUUUGGUUCCUUAAUGUUCUUUGGCUUCAUCAUGGGUAGAGCUUUAGAUCACCCAGGCGUAGUGAUUAGUAAUCCCGUCUCCGAAGCAUUCUACCGUAACUGUGCAGGAUUGAGUUGCACAUUCGAAAUGGCAGUUCUUCAGUUAACGAUAUGGUUCGUCCGGUCCUGUUUUAAAAUGUUCACCAAAUUAAUUAUCCCCUAUUUAAAUGUGAAGAAAAGACAAAAACAACAUGAUUCAAAAUUUCCAAAUCAAAAACUUAGACAAUGGGAGUCGGACUAUCUUUUAAAUAAAUCUGAACGUUACCGAAUUGCUCAUGAGUAUUUGGAUACAGUUGCUGAAUAUGGAUAUGUUACAUUUUUUAUCUCCUCCUUUCCUCUAGCACCGCUAUGUGGAUUCCUUACAAACAUAAUGCAUUUAAGGAUUGAUGCGUAUAAAAGCAUAACUUUAUAUAGGCGUCCAAAUGCCAAAAAAGUACCUAAAUUAAUAUGCUUCACAAAAUUACUACAAGCCACUACAUACUUUGGUAUCCUAACAAAUGCAGCUAUGAUAGCAUUUAACAGUGAUCUGGUACCAAAAGAAAUCUACCGGAUGUACUACAACGCUUCUCUUGAAGGAAUUUCCCAUCAACAAUUUUCAAAAAUACCCACCAGUACUGUUUAUAGUUUCUAUAAGUACAAAGCUAACGAAGAAACUUGCUACUAUAACCAAAUAAGGGAUGACAACCAGAAUAAAACUCUUCUCUAUUGGUGGAUACUCGCUAUUAGAUUUGCCGUUCUACUGGGAAUUGAACACAUAGUUUUUCUCGUCCAAGGAUUUGUAGCUUACAUGAUACCAGAUGUUCCGUAUUCAGUUCAGGAACAAAUAGCCCACCAGAAGAAAAUUCAAAGUGAUCGGAGGGAAACGGAAUUUUCCUUCAAUAUUAAUAGAAAGAAAAGUGUUAGAGAAACUGAACGAUUUGUGUUAAUUAAAUAAUUUUAGUUUUACGAUAAAUUCA